AUGUCUAAUUCGAAAACUGACAAUUUAAUUGAUCCUAAUAAUAGUAAAGCGUUAGAAUACGAUGAAGAACAGUCCCCUUUGAGUGAUUUCAGAGUUCCCUUUCCUCCACAAAUUACAACUAGUGAAUGUAUCACUCUUAAAGAUGGGAAAAUUCCCAUGAAAUCACCAAAUUGCUUUAUCAUCUAUAGACGCGCAUUUCAAAAAGAGCUCCGUAAUAGAGGAUGUGUACUUAAGCUAAAUUUGGUCUCGGCGAUGGCGUCGCAAUCCUGGCAACGUGAACCUGUUAAGGUCAAAAAAGCCUAUAAGGAAAUGGCUCGUCAGAUUAAUAUCGAGUUGGUGGAAAUGCGCGCGAAUAAAGUCAAAAAUGAACAAAAGGCAGCCGUAGAUUUCAAUUCGUCAGCGAACUCAAGUUCAUCAACGGAUUCCCACACUUUCGAUGCAGCAAAAAAUACGCAACAGCAAGAAGAAAUUUCCAUUUCAAUUGAUAACGCACUUAUUGAAGAUUCUUCCAUGAUCAUUGAAACUUCGAGAAUUGAGGAUCUUUCGAAGCAACAAGCGCAACAAGUUUCUCCAGCAAUCGUCAAUAAGCUUGUUGAGGCUUCGGCUUCUCCGAUGAUAAUAGACAACUUAUAUGAUGAAGAACUCUUUGAGCCCUUCUCUGAAUACGAAUGGCCAGCUAGAUUAGCGAGCAUUUGGAAUGAUUAUUCAGAUUCUUCCUCUUAUCAAAUCCACAACGCUCAGAUUACAGAUUUCAAUAAUCAAUAUUCGUUUGAACCUUCUGAUUCAAAUUCUAUGAACUAUCAAUUAUAUUCCACCACGGACAAUAUUCAAGUUUUUUCUCAAGAGACAAGCGAGUCUCAAUUCAACUAUGAGGAUCAGAACUCUGAGACUUUCCUUCAAUCUCCACGUAAUAUUCCAACUAUUUCUUCUGAUAUUUGGCUUUUGGAUACUUUAAAUUUCCAGGCACCAAGCUGGAAUAAUAUUUUUCCAUUUGAUGAGUCUCGAGAUGCUCGAGAAUUUGAAAUCCAACAUAAUCAAAACGUUAUGCUUCAUCAACAAGAUCCGACUUCAUUGCAAUGUGAAAAUGACCUUUCUGGUUUGAAUUUCAUAGAAUUUGAUAAGCCUGAAGGGCAAAAGUCUACGGUAACUCCUUCUAUUUUUGAAGCUCAUUAA